CUUCCCCUCCCUCUCCUCUCCUCUCCCCCCUUGCCCCCCAUCCACCUCAUCAAGUCCCGUCCUCUUUCCCCGCAGCGUUGUAGCUGGCAGCGCGUUAUCCAAGUACUUGGGCCCACGCGCCUUGGCUGCUGAGGCUCGAUGCCAGCUCGGCCAGACAAGACAGUCACUGGCUACCAUGCAUCGACGAGAGACCUUGGGUAGAUUUGGGCGCAAAAAAAGGAGCGAUGCCGCACGGUCGAUUUCAUCCAAAGUGCCCCAUGCCAGCAGUUCAGACGGACGGCACCAGCCUCAUCCAGGAGGAGAACCAGAGGCAAACCUGCAUUAAGUAGGAGUAGUAGUCGAACCCUCAUCAGGUCGUGCUGUAGUCCGGUCCUCUUUACCUUGGCUUGCCUCUGCUUAAUUUGGAGCCCAUCCCCAUCCCCAUCUCCAAUCCCAUCCAUACCCCAACCCAUACCUAUCCCAUAUCCGACGUCCUUGUCCCCCCGAACCCCACGAUCUCCAUUUCCCUCUUCCUCUCCCAUCCUGGAUCAUCGCACCAGCAGCAAGUUCGGGCAGCACCAACAGCCGAGUUGAUAUACUCUAGUGCCAGAGCCGUGAGAUAUAGUUUCGUCAGUAGCGCUGACCUGACUCCGGGCCUAGGGCUCCAUCCAAGUUCAACUGCGACUCGGAAUCAGAGCGCGGCACAGCCGUGGUUCGUGCCACCAGCCCUUCUCCCGCAGGAACAGGAAAGGAACUCUCUUACUGCCUGCCAGGAGCCCAAGCAAAACCCAGCAAAUACCUUACCUAGGAAUAAGCCCAGGCCCCUGCCGACGCCGACCUACCUUACAUACUACAUACUACAUACCUCACUACAUCUUCCGACACCCCGUUUCCCCCCUUCCCCCCUAUCACCUAUCCCCUUAUCCAUAUUCCCGGACCUGCUGCCGACGCUGUUUCGUGCAUCAUCCGCUCCGCAAGGCCCCUUGCCCUCCUCCAACGGCGCCGCUUCCGAUCGCACUAGGAGCACCGUUCGCCUUCCUCGACUGAGCUCGCGUCUACCAGAUCGCCCGUUGCACCUUUGCUACCCGAUGGCGGGGCGCCUGAGAGCCGUCUCUACUCCCAUCUGAGCCCCCUUCCCUUCCGGACCCCUUCUCCACCAUGACGCGACCCAAGGUUCCCGACGACAAGCGCCAGCGUACUGCUCAGGCUUGUGACUCUUGCAAACGCCGGAAGCAAAAGUGCAAUGGCGUGAAACCUUGCCAGACCUGCCUCAGAAGAAAACUCACCUGCUCGUACACGCCCAACAACGCUUCGGAUUAUGGACCGGGUGAGUCUGCUGGGUCACCGAUGAAGCGGCGACACAUUGAGACGUCGCCUCCCUCCAUCUCCGCCACACUCGAGAAGGCCAACAACAGCUCACCCCAGGCCCGCGAGGCGAUGCAGUCUUGGGAUGAGGCGCGGGCCGCCCAGCCAAGCCAGGCCUCGAUAGGCGGAUCAGCACUAUCUUCGCCGACAGCACCGUUACCGCCGCCUCUAGCAGGCCGAGGGCAUGUGAAGAAGGUCUCGAUUCACGGGACGAAGAAGCUGCCAAGCCGCAGCAACACGGGCAACACCAGCGGCUACGCUGAGGAGACCAACAUAUACACCGAGACGAGAAUGUUGCAAGACCAGUCAAGACGGCUUCUCUACAUUGGAGAUGCCUCGACACUGUCCAUCCUGCAGCUGAUCCGGAUUAUUGUCGAAAGCACAUCGGGGACAGAGAUGGGGUCUCCUUUUAUCGACGAUCCUAAGAGGCAUCGCAUUCAGGAAACCAUCAUUGACUUUCCUGAGAACACACGGGUACCGACCCUGUUGCCGGACCAGGAAACAACCCAUGUUCUCAUAGCUUCCUAUUUUACAAAUACCUGCGGGAUCGUGGAGGUGUUUGACAGAAAACAGUUUAUGCAGUCGGUGGAGGCUUGCUAUCGGGACCCACCAUCGGCCAACAACUACUUCUUGUGUCACCUCUUCUUGGUGCUGGCUCUUGGUCUCCUCUUUGCUGCGCCUACCCCAGGUAGCCGGGAAGAGCAUGUCAUCAACAAGCAGCUCUCUGCAAGGCCAGACAGGGCAGAGUUGUACUUUAGGAGCGCUCGAACGAUGUGUGAUCCCGGUGCUGGGUUUGAGGACGCUGACUUUUGGUCGGUUCAGGCGCUGUCGUUGAUGACGCUCUACAUGUUGACUAUCCCCAAGAGGAACACGGCGUAUGCUUAUCUCGGGAUGGCUGUUCGGUCAGCGUAUGCUUUGGGCCUGCAUAGAGAGGAGACGUUGAGGGAUGUCAUCUUUACGCCGGGAGAGAUGAAAGUCAGGCGGAACUUGUGGAAGACACUGUUCAUCUUGGAUCGAUUCUUGGCGGCAACCUUGGGGAGACCCACCGCCAUCUCGGGCCACGACUGCUCGAUGAAUAUCUUCUCGGAUGAUGAUGCCGUCAACUCUAUGGAGAUCACUGGGGAGUUUGACCCGGUUCACGCCAAGAGCUUGCAUGCUUGUGUCGAGACCUGUCGGAUUAUUGGCGACACGUUGAGGGUCUUUUCUUCGCGCAAGAUUUCCACCACAAAGGUGCAGGAGAUCAUCAACGACAUGUCUAUAGACUGGGAAGAUGAUUUACAAGCUGCCCUGCAACGCCGUCUAUCAAACGCCGGUCCUGCUCGAAGCCCGGCGCAUGGCAUGGCAUCCUUACAUGUCAACCUUCUGGCACUCCAUUCAUUGAUCCUUCUUACCAGGCAGCUCUUUGUUAUGCACAACUGGAUGCUUGUCGAGCAGCGGUCUGGGAAGAAGAAGCCCUCACCAAUUCACGAGUCGCCCAUGGCGAGGUUCUCAGAGGCCUGCGUCCUGGCUUCCUACCAAACGAUUCAGCUUGUCCAGCAAGCUCGAGAGGAACAACAGCUCCCUCGAAGGAACCCUUUUGUCAUAUACUUUGUCUUCGCCGCCAGCCUCGUCAUCCUGAUGAACCAAUUCUCGUGCCUCUACUACACAAACGCCUACGACAAAACCAUCCGCGACGCAGUCGAUUUCAUGGAAUACUGCACCAAACUCGACCCCCAAGCCGAGCGUGUCCUCGACAUCAUCACCCGCUUCGCAAAAGUAGUAGACAAAUGGACAAAAAAAAACAAAUACGACGCCCCCCCCUUAUCGGAAGACCUCUCCUUCCUCUACAGCCACCCGUCCAGUCCCCAACCCGAGCCUGCCAAUACCCUGUCUGGAGGACCAGUAGUGGCAAGUCCCCUCCAGGAAACCACCACCCACCCCGACCCAUCCCAUCCCAGUUAUCCCCCCCAACACCACCGCUUCAGCGACCCGGGCCUGUUGACUCCCCCCCAAAUAACCUCCUCCAAAAUGCCCCUGUCUGACAUCCUCGCCCCCACAACCCAACAGGACACCCGCAUGAACGGCAUGUCACCCCUCCUCCCACAACAACAACAACAACAACAACAACCGCCACCACCCCAACAACAAACCCAAAACGACUCCCCUGGUUAUAACAGAGAGAUCGAAUUCGACUUUGACAACCUCUGGAACAACUGGCUCAAUCUCCCCCAACCAGCCAUCGUCCCUCCCACUCCCACGGCGGGCAUAUCACCCUUCACCGGGCCACCGCAGUUCUCCCCCGUUGCGGCGGCAGCCCAGCCGGAGCCUUUUCCCGGUGCGUACACCACCACUCCUGUUGUUGUUCAUCUCUCUCCCCCUGGGGUUCCCGUCUCGGUUGUCGCUGGGGGACAACCAGCGAUCGGGCAUGCGGGGAUGGGGCACCAUCAUCAUCAGCACCAUCAUCAUGGGAAUAACAUACCCUUGUAUCACUCCUCGAGUACAUUUGGCUGAUGAUCAGGAACACAUAAAAAGUAGUGUUUGGAGCAACGCCGCAUAACAGGGGUCCGAUUAGGCAAGGGCAGCAGUGGUUCGUGAGGAGUCCUUGAAAACCAACGUUCCGAUGAAGAGUGAUGGAGGGACAGACCAACAACACUAGUAUAACCCCACAUGGGACCGCAGAGACUGAGGAAAUUGGUUCCACAAGGAUGGGAAAGAAAUGAAGAUGUUGAGAGUGGGAAGAAGAGCAGACAACCCCGAGAAACAAAGAUAAUGUCUACUGGUUUUUUUUUCUUUUUUUUCUGGUAUUUUUUGGUUUUUUUAUACCUAAAAUAAGCCUGGCUUCGAAUCGACCUUUGUGUAUAUCACCUCUCAACCAUUCGACUCACAUCCUCGUCAAUGACAGACACUCGAGCAAAAGAAGAAGACCGCAGUGUCAGUCAAACCAUCCAGCAUUCGCCACCGACCUGUGGACCAACAGCAUGGUCCCCGCUUGAAAGACGGAAAAGAGCAACAGGUCAGGCACGACCAUCAUGUAGCGCGAGCUAUCGAGAGCACAAUCUGAAUUGCUUCAACAAAAUAAUCUACAUCUGCCAACCAGUCUACCAACCCAAACGCCAUCGCCCGAAAUCCCAGUCGAUCAAAACACACACACACACACACACACACAUAUAUAUAUAUAUAUACAAUCGCUGCCACCCCCAACUCAACCCUUCAACACCUCCCCAGAAUAAAAUCAUACCCCAACUCCCACCUCGCUCCCGGAUCCCCCUCCCUCGGCUCAAACCUGACAACCAACUCAUCCUUGACAGCAAAAACAGCAUCAUCAUCCACCCACCGAUCCCGGCUGUCAUACAACUGCGUCGUCAAAGCCCUAUGCCCCUCGGCGCUAACAAUGAAAUGGAUAUGUCCCGGCCGGUUCGGGUGCCGAUCCAACAACCCGAGCAACCUCCCGGCCGGCCCGUCGUCCGGGAUGGGAUACGGCACCGGUCUCAGCGCGUACAGCGCGUACCUCCCCUGCUGGUCAGUCCUGAACCUCCCGCGGAAAUUCAUCUCUGGCUGGUCAGAAUCCUGCUGUUCGUACAGCCCGUUCGGCGCAGUGUGCCAGACGUCUACGACGGCGUUUUCGAUCGGCUUGCCGUCUGUGGAGAGGACCUUGCCGGAUAAAAAGGCCGAGUCCUCUAGGGCUUUCUCGUACCACGAAACCGAAGGGGAAAGGCCCUGGACGAUGGAGGUGCCGUUUGGGAGGAAGGGGGCGUCGCUGCGGUAGAAGGGGCCGAGGAUGGCGGAGGGGGUUUGGGUGGUGGAUGUGGCGAGCUGUUUGCUGGUGAUCUCGUCGACGAGGGAUUCUAGGCCGAGGAUGUCGCAGAGGAGUUGGGUUUCGUUGCGGCGGUCGGAGGACAUUUUGCCGCAGUCGUUCAGCUGUGGUGGUGGUGGUGGCGGUGUUAAUGAAAGGGUGGGAUUGGGGAGGCGGGGUAACCAUACAAAGUCGACGGCGGUGCUCCAUUCUCCUACUGUGAGAUUGACUUCGCGGGCAAAGUCGUGGAGGUGGCGGACUAGACUUGGGAAUAUCUGGGCGAGUCUGGGGUUGGCGUUGGGGCCGGUGGCGGCGAUGACCUUUUGGGUGAAGGUUGGGUCGUGUUGGCACUUCUUGCCGGCGGUGUUUAUGCCGUUGGGGAUACCGUUUGGCUUGAUCUUGGUGGUCGAUGCCCUGCUGGUGGCGGCGAGGUCUGGAAUCAUUUGCCCCAUGGUGGUGGUAGAUGGCUCUGUGCUUGUCCAAGGUUGUGCUGUUGUGUGCUUGGGGAUGUGUGGUCAAGUCGAGGACUGGGAGACAAGGAAAUUCGACGAUGGCAAGGGAGUUGAAGUAAAAGAAGGAAAGGCAGUGGAUCGGGGCGACGUGGGCCCGAUAUAUACUCCCUCACAACCGUCGGUGAGAGAGAGGUGUGUACUCGUGUUUCCCCCGUCAUCGCACGUCACACUGUGCCUCUUCGGACUACGCAGCGUACUUACACGUCAGGGGGGGGGGAGGGGGGCGUCACGCAAAGAAGUACCGGGUUGUCACCAUCUCCCUUGGAACUUGGGCACGCUCAACAACAGUCCAUCGGGACGAAAUGCUCCUUUCCUUCCCGUUGACCGCCGUGUGGACACUUGGCCCCUGAGCCCUCGGCCGUAUCAGAUCAUGGCUGCUCCUCCCUUCCCAUGACAAGAAUGGCCUUAUUUUUUUUUGGAGAUUGUGUCUUCUCCUACCAAGAAAAAAAAAAAGGAGUUGGUACCCGUUUCAGCGAGCGGUGAAAGGACCAUCAAGGUCUCGGUGCGGGAACGGACGGGAGUGUGGAACCAAGACAUGGCAAGCCAAAAAAAAAAGAAAAAAAAAGGCAAGACAUGAAGACUUGAUUCUAACGGGCGCCAAGGGCACUGACUGACUGACUGACUGCCUCAUCUACCUACCAGCCAGAAACCACAAGCUGGCAGCUCAUCACCCCGUGAGUUUCCGAUGACAGCAGUCAGUCAGUCAGUCAGUCAGUCCUUUUGAGACCGAUAUAGCCGUCCAAGGUGUCAAAACCUGAUGUUCCACAGGACGGCCUGUCACUGCUGUCUGUGUGUGUGUGUGAUACCCUUCCAAAACUGACACCAUUUUCCCUGGCCGCCUGCAUCAAACAGGGCUGGGCUGACAGACAACGUUGCUUCACACACCACACGGAACAAAUGCCGGAGGAGCAUAUGUAUGUCGUGUGGUGAUCAAUCCCGGCACAUUCGGAGCGUAUCACACACACACACACACACACACACACACACAUCGAGAACAGACAAAAAAAAGGAGAGUGCCGUAUGCAUGGGUCAAACAUGAUAAAAGAAAAAGAAAAGAAAAGAGACGGGCUCACCGUCCUGCAUGGCGUGUCAACUGUCAAGCUCUAGCUCUUGGACCACUAGCGUCGAGAAUUACCCACAGAUUGAUCGUUCUAGAGGCUGAUCUUCUUUUGUUCUGGAAAAAGAUGAGCCACUCAACGACCUAUUUGGCUUGUGGGGCUGUUACUACUACCACCACUUACACUCACCACCUCUUUCGGUGCUGGAUCUCUCUAUCAUCAUCAUCAUCAUCAUCAUCAUCAUCAUCAUCUUGCAUGGCCGACGAACUCACUCGAACAUCAAGUCCAAGGCAAAAGCAACCCAAGAAAAAAAGAACACCGCCAGAAGCCCAUCAAAGGGUUGCAUUUUCCCUUCCUUGACAAGCGGACCCAGCCUCUCGGCGGCGGCUCGGACCCGGUGCGCCGGACCAUCAUCCUACACCCCCCUUGUCAGCAACCACCGAAAGACGGAGAUAGUCUCCCGUUUUGAACGCAACUGCCGGUGAAAGUACGAUUGUUGGGGAGAGCAGGGACAAGGGGGUUAAGGGUCGAGGAAACCGGCCUCGCAUGCCGCCAUACCGAGUCGGCUUUGCUGGCAAAGUGAGCGAAAGGAAGAAUCCGGAACGCGGCAUGCGGCUCCAAAUAUUUGACAUCUGUGAGGUUCAAAAAAGGGGAGAGACAGGAAACUCGGUGAUGGUCCAAUAGGGAGCAGGCCCCGGUCACGGCACGGACUUGAUGCUGAAGGGUGUGCUUGGCACAUAGGUACGGAGAGAGGCGGGUACAGACGCUUGUGUUUGUCACGGGAAAAAAAGGUUGAAUCUGGCCUGCGUUGGGCGGUCAGUAUUGUCGACUGGAUCGACGGAAAUGCUAUAAAAAGUGGAGAGAAAAGUUUGAUGGGGGAUGGAAAAAAUAACAUUCUGUGUUGGCAUACAUGGC